CUGGUCAGGAAACGAAGUCCGAUACCCAAAUUCCUCGACUACUCAUUGUGUCCAGCAAAGUGAAGAAUAGUUCUCUCAUGCAGAGUGCUCUACUUCCUAAUGUUACCAUUGUGCAAUAUAAGUAUGAAAACUCAACACUUGACAGUAUUUUAGGCUUAGUUGCUCAGAGCCUUGGUUCCAAAAAAGUGGAAAGUAUAGCACUUAUCAUGCACAGCACAGGUCGCUGUAUUCAUCUCUGUGGGGUAGAAGAAAAGCUUGUGACAAAGGAGAAUAUACUAGAGCAUGCCAGCAUAAGAGAAUUUUUUACAACACUGUCAACAAACCAUUUAGACAAAAGCUGGGUGAAUUCUCGACUGGACUUCUUAGGCUGCAAUACUGCACAGAAUGUAGAUGGAGGAAUCAUUGCUAAUAUCAUUGAAGAUUUAGUUGGGGUCCCAGUUGGCAUUUCCAAAGACAUAAGUGGUAAUGAUAUACCUAUGGAAAGGAUUGCUGUGGAUUCCGAAACUCCAGUAUCCUGCGUAGGAGAGCUCUACUUUAGAUUAGAUAAACUUAAAAAGUGGGGGCAACAGAGUCUGUCUGGAUUUGAAAAAAUCAGGACUGUUGGGAAAGGUGCUUAUGGUACAGCGGUAUUGUACCGUAAGAAAGAUGACGAUUCCUUAGUUAUAUUGAAAGAGAUUAACAUGCAUGACCUCAAUGCUAGCGAGAGGCAACUCGCACUGAAUGAGGUGAAAGUUCUGGCAAUGCUGGACCACCCAAAUAUCAUCAGUUACUAUGACAGUUUUGAGGAGGACGGCACUCUCAUGAUUGAGAUGGAAUAUGCAGAUGGAGGCACACUGGCUCAGUUUUUGAGCUCUCAAGAAAAGCCGCUUGAAGAGAAAGAAAUCCUUGGCAUGUUUCAGCAAAUGGUUGCUGCCAUAAGACACAUACAUGAACACAAUAUAUUGCACAGAGAUCUUAAGACGGCUAAUGUUUUCCUUACUAAAGAAGGUGUUGUAAAAAUGGGGGAUUUUGGUAUUUCUAAAAUGAUGACCACAGCUGCCAAAGCAAACACAGUAUUGGGGACCCCAUAUUAUAUUAGUCCUGAAAUGUGUGAAGGAAAGGCGUACAAUGACAAAUCAGACAUAUGGGCUUUGGGAUGUAUUCUUUAUGAAAUGGCUUGUCUUCAGAAAACCUUUGAGGGUUCAAAUCUUCCUGCACUAGUCAAUAAAAUUAUGAAGGGUCAAUUUGCCCCAGUGAAGGGCAACUACAGUCCCGAGUUCAAAGCUGUCAUCAGAGAUAUGUUGGAGAAGGAGCCGCAGUACAGACCUUCAGCAUAUGAACUGAUGUAUAAGAAAAUUCCUCCACUAAUGGAGAGGUUUCUUGACCCUGUAACAGACAUAGAAGACGACCUCACUACCUCCACUGAGAGCAGUACCAUGAAGCUGAGGAAGAAAACCAGCUAUUCACUGGAUAAUAGGUCAGUUUUAUAUUACCUAGAGACGUGGGACAUGAAACUUCACCCAGUUGAUCUUCCAGCCAAAGUCAGGAUAAGAGAGAUUGCUGUUGGUGCUGAUCAUGUGAUUGUAGUGACCAAUGAGAGAGUAGUUUACACAUGGGGUGAAGGGGGCAAAGGUCAGCUAGGACAUGGUGAUCAAGAGUCUCUAACUAAACCAGAAAUGGUAGAGGCGCUAAAGGGGAAGUCAAUUACAAGGGCGUGCUGUGGGGAUUGUUUCAGUGUAUUUGCCAGUGAUAAUGGCAUCAUCAUGACAUGUGGGGAUGGUUCUAAUGGCUGUCUGGGCCACGGAGACUGGUACUCCAACUCCAGACCAAGGCUUAUAGAAGCUCUCCUCAGGUACAGUUUACACAUUAUAGAGGCUCUCCUCAGGCACGGUUUACACAUUCUACAGGUUCUCCUCAAGUACAUUUUACACAUUCUACAGGCUCUGAGAGGCUCUCCUCAGAUACAGUUUACACAUUAUAGAGACUCUCCUCAGAUACAGUUUACACAUUAUAGAGACUCUCCUCAGGUUCUGCUCAGGUACAUUUUACACAUUAUAGAGGCUCUCCUCAGGUACAUUUUACACAUUAUAGAGGCUCUCCUCAAGUACAGUUUACACAUUAUAGAGGCUCUCCUCAGGUACGGUUUACACAUUCUACAGGUUCUCCUCAAGUACAUUUUACACAUUCUACAGGCUCUGAGGUACAGUUUACACAUUCUACAGGCUCUGGGGUACAGUUUACACAUUCUACAGGCUCUCCUCAGGUUCAUUUUACACAUUCUACAGGAAUCCCACAGGUGCAGUUUAAUACAGGUUUUCCUUAGGCACAGUUUACACAUUAUGGAAGCUCUCUUCAGGUACAGUUUACACAUUCUACAGGUUCUCCUCAGGUACAUUUCACACAUUCUACAGUUUCUCCUCAGGUACAGUUUACACAUUAUAGAGGCUCUCCUCAGGUACAGUUUACACAUUAUAGAGACUCUCCUCAGUGCCCAACCCAUGCAGGUGAAAAUCACAGAACCUAUGAUGGUGCGGGAGGUGUUUUGUGGUGUGGAUGGCACCAUGCUACUGACAGAUGUGGGCAGUGUGCUGGCAUUUGGGAACAAUGAAUACAAUAAACUGGGACUUAACAACAGGCAGGGGUUCCUCAUGGCUAUGAAGAACAUAUUUGCAAAGACUGAGGUUGAAGAGGUGAAGGCUCCUACCAUUGUGCGAGCCCUCACCAACCACCGAGUGAUCAAUGCGUCUUUGGGUCCCAAGCACAGUGCAGUCCUGGUGGAGCCAGGGCAUGUGUAUACGUUUGGGAAGAAUGCCGAGGGUCAGCUGGGGACAGGAAACACAAAGCUGCAAAAUGCACCAAUCAAAGUGAAAGCCAUGGAUGGGAAAGUGGUCUCGAGAGCAAGAUGUGGUGACAUGUAUACAGCAGUCAGUACUUCAGACAAUGAAUUCUACUUUUGGGGAACACGCUUUAAAACCCCGCCCACCGCCAUGGAUGACACACAGAGAAGUACCAACAGUAUUAAUGACAUUACAGACACAAAAACUUCAGAGAGUGGAAAUGCAAGUCGUCCAAACUCCAGCAAACCGUCUCACUCUCGGCAGCCUAGUAUGUCCAGUAUGAAGAGUCUCAACAGUUCCAAUGAAAUUGCUCAGGAAAAACUGUCACUCACCAGUAGGGGAGGUUCUGCUGGGUCCACUGCAGUGGAGUCCACUGUGGUCCCUCCAUUUAGUGACCGUCAGCUGAGUAAUGACAGUGUGGUAUCUCAAUCUCAGGACCUACUCAAUACUAGCCAUGAUAGUGGGACAAGCACAUCUCGGGGAUUUAGACCUAUCAGCAGCACACCACGCCGCCUUAACAGUGCCGGCACCAACAGUGGAUCUGGAACAGCCAGAGACAAGACACGGGAGAAGGAGCAGGAGAAAGAGAAAGAACUGAAUAAGGAUGAGACCGACCUAGUCCUACAGCCAACACAUUUACUUAUGCUCAAUGUUACUUCUGACGGUGCAUCAGCAGAUACAGUACUGCUGUCUAACUUUUGUUGCCACGGUGAAAAUCUCUUUGUCCAGGUUGAAACAACGGCUCCUCCACCCAAGAAAAAAAUGAAGAAAAAGAAGUCAUUCAGGAAAAGAAUCAGCACCAAUACAUUGGAAGUUCCUGAAAAAAUAUACAGCAGGGAUACUGUGGAUGAAUAUUCCUCAGAAACUUCAGAAAUGGACACAUAUGGCACUAUUCCUGCCUGGAUAAAGAAUGAGCUUGCUCUCUCAGAGAUGGAUAUCAAAGAUGGUAAUGAGCCAGACGACACAACUGACCAAUCAGAUGAGGAUAUUCCUGGAAAAAUGCUAGACUCUUCCAGGUCUAGUAUUCAGGUUAACAAGGACCUCAAACCAGAUAAAAAGAAAAGUGUGGAUAAGAGUGGCACAGGGGGCAAAAAGAAUGGAGGCAAAUUAAAGGAGUCUGUGAUAUUCAAAGAUGACCAUAGGCCACAUGCACUCCAGGUGCGUGGCAGUUCCUCUGGAGUGGAGAGCGGUGUGGAGUUCACCCCUGUGGAUCCCAUGUCCAGUAGUAGCUCCAGUGAUAACCUACAAGGAGCAAUCAGUGCUGCCAAGACCCCAAAAGCAUCUGACCCCACUCCAGUGUCCAGGGCCCAGCUAGCAGCACAGCAGCCAAGGAAGGCUUCUCUCUCUCCAUACAAGACCAGAGUAGGGUCUACACAGAUAGCAAAGUCAGUGAGGUCUAGAGCUGUGGGGAAAGGCAGAGGCAAGGGAGCGGAGUCAGGGCGGGAUGCACCCCCUUCCCCAAGAGGAUUUUUAUCUGAAGUCACUUACAAAAGGAGGGAGGAGAAUCUAACAACUGAACUUGAAAGACUAAAAGAUGAGAAGAGACGAACAGAAGAAAGGUUGAGAGAAAUGGAAGAUAAAUAUAAGCUUGAACAGGCCAUAUUAAAGCAGCAGGCAGAGAAAGCUGCAAAAGAAAGGGAACAGAGUUUGCAAUCUGAAAUAAAGCUGCUACGAUCUGAACUCUCAAAACAAAGUGACAAAAUGCAAGCUAAUUAUGACAUUGUGAUGUCUCUGCAGCAACAACUAGUCCAAGUGCAGGCUGACCAAGUAAAGAUGAACUCCAGGGACUCCAGCCCAGGGCGUGCCAGGAGUGCCCAGUCAAGGCGGUCCCAGUCAGGACAAAAGGAGAGCAAGAUUUGUGUGCUGCAGUGAGCCAAUAUGGCCCCACGAAACCUCUUCUGGUGCUUACCUGUCUCAGUUAUGAGCAGCAAGGAGUUCAGUAAUCUCCCUGAUAAUCAACUGUCUGUCUUUUCAUCAACUGUUGUCAGAGUUACAAAACCUGUUGUCAUAGUUACUACAGCUGUUGUCAUAGUUACCAGCAGUUUCCCUGAUAUCCAUUUAUAUUAUCUCUAAGAUGAGCAGUGGUGUCCUCAGUGACCAUCCUUUGCUGUUUUCAGCUGUCAUUAGUGUUACAGGACUUUGAGGCAAUUUAGAAGAUGGACAUGUCAUAACUAUACAUAUAUCUAUAUCUAUGAAUAGAACACCAAAAAUAACAUUCUCACUGAAUUUUUGUCAGCUGACAGCAACAACAAUGCUAUGAUAAGAACAUUGUAAAGAUUACCUAUAGAGUUUUCAGACCAGAUAUAUUCUUCACUUUUUUAUUCACUUGGA